AUGGAUGGACUUCUCACUGCUGUCAAAACAGUCAAGCAUGACGAGCAAGACUUACUGACAGAAAAUGAUGCAAGGCAUCAUGCAAAAUCGAGUGAUGUGGGGCUGAGUCAUCAAGGUGAUGGUGAUCCUUCAUCUGCAGACUAUAUUUUAGAAGUUCUGAAGUCAAAGCCGGACCAUGAUCAACUCUUUGACGUCUUGACAAAUAUUGACCCUUCAAAUAAGUCUAGAACUGCCAACGUCGACAUCAGAGUCCCUGGUCCAGCCACGGCACUGAUUCUGCAACAGCUAGUCAGCACGACUGUUCCAGACCAUUGGAGCAGUCUACAAGAUAGCCAUGCUGAAACAGGGCGCAGGACAAAAGGCCACAGACUAAGGGCAGCUCUACUGAGAUGCCUCUGCAGCGUACCUGGUAUCAGUGCGAUAGUGGCCCAGUUGCGCAAUCUACUAUCGGUCCAGGUCACCCAGGGCGAAAAGAACUCUGGAAAAAGUCUGGUCAUUCGAGACACUAUAUCUGUCCUGUCAGCCCUCUUAAAACCCAAGGAUGCAUUGUUUCGCAUUUACGCGGAUAUCACUGCUACGUAUGAUAAGGCAGUCCAACGACAAAUUGCUUGCAAAGAGCUUAUUUCUCUUAUUGCGGCCGGAAGAGUUCUGUCAACAGCUGCAGAAGGUCUUGCUUCCGUUAGCGACCUAGAUAGUUCAGAGGGUAUUUCUUGGGUGGGCGAAGGCAGCUCUUACGCGUCGUGGCUGGGGCAAAGCAUCAGCACCUUUAUUUCAAAAAUUAAUUCCGAGGAUCACGAUAGUUGGAAGUCAGUUGGUCUUAUGGUCGGUCGAGCACUGAGUCUUGGUUAUACCGACCAGUUAAUUAGGGAAAUCUAUUCUGGGGUGCUACGCGAGCAGGAAUCUUCAGUGCAGUUCAGGAGGCUUCUUGAGAACGUCCGCGUCCCAGAACAGACGGCAAUAUUCGAGGCUGUUCUCCGUGAUGUCGAGAAGAAGUAUUUUGAAGGAGAACUCCCGAGUGACAGGCCGGAAAUCCAGCCGGAUAAUGAGAUUAUCGGGGGAGUUGCAGCAUUAUGUGCAAACGCUGUAAUUGAGUUGUUUACAACUAGUCUCGGGAAUUUCGGUGAUAAGUUCUACAUUAAGCACACACCAACGCAGAUUCAGGAAGCGAACGCGCAAAUCGUCCUUCUCUCGGCUGGAUAUGUUAGUCGGAUAUCUCCGCCUACUAUCCGUGAGAUCGGCCAUUCCAGUCUAUAUCUCAAUGCAGUUUCCAAUCGCCUUGCAGCAUCCUCGGCCAGAAGCCGAUUCCUGGGCAUGGUAGUCGGUAUGGCCAUUUCUCAGUUGAUAGAACCGCCGGGCAAGGGGAUGAGAUUCGACCUGGAAGAGAUGGAAAGCGAAGAGGCUCGAUGGUAUUUGGAUCUCGUCAACGUCCGAGAUACGGUCGACACUCUGCAGACUUUGAUUAUCAAAAGCCAGACGGUUUCUCAGCAUAAAACGAAGAAAAUCACGAAGGAAUCGGUGAAGCCUUCGGUUCCUAAACGCCCACAGACUAUUGGUCAUACAUCGAAGAUUGUCUCGAUUGAGGAGAUAGACGACUCUGAAGAGAGCGAAGACGAGGAGUUCAUCCCGUAUGAAAAGCCAGACUCUGACCCUGAAGACUCAGACGACGAUCCCACUCUGAUCAAUCGAUCGAAGCCAACUGCGCCAGUGUAUAUUCGGGAUCUAGUAGCAGCUCUCCGGGAUACGGAAAAUGCAGACAGGUAUAAUCUCGGCGUUACAACGGCGCCUGCUCUAAUCCGUCGAAAGGCCGGCUUCGGCACAGAGAUAGCGGAGCAUGCAGAGCAACUGGCACUUGUUCUGAUCAGUCUCCAAGACAAGUACAAGUUACCGAAAUUCCACGAGUACAAGCUCCAGAGCAUGAUUGCCCUGCUAGUUGCUCAACCGCUCCGGAUGGGGCGCUGGUUUUCUUUAACCUUCUUCGAUGCAGACAUAUCCCAAGCGGAACGAUCCGCGAUGCUCACAGCCCUGGGACUAGCUGCGCGCGAGUUAGCCGGCUAUGGUGAAGAGGAUGCGCGGUCAAUGGGCCUGCCCGCAGUAUCAGAUACAUCUUUCCCGACGAAGAAGCUUCCCACGGGUCUGCAGGAGAUGUAUCUCACAGACGAGUCUCCUGUAUCUGCUCUCACAAAGAAACUCUCACAGGCAUCACUACAGCCUCUGGCGCUAGAUGCAGCAGACGCCCUAUCAGGUCCAAAUGCUCUCAAAGUCCGGACAUUCUCCUCGCGCAUGGAAGUCGAGAAGCGACGCCAGCAGCGCGAGGAGCAGCGAAAGAAGUCUGUGCUCAAGGAUCUCCAUCGGACUCUUACAGAGGGAUUCUUCUACCCUUUGACAAGCAGAUUCACGACAAUGAUGAUGCAAUAUCAUAGAUCAGCAUCCGCAACAUACAAUCCCUUCCUAACGCCUCAUUUGCUCCGCCUCUUCCUUCAAACACUUACCCUCAUCCUGUCAACUCUGGGCCCAUACACUCCCUCUCUCCCCUCUCUUACCCAGGAGACUCUUGCCCUCCUUAUAUCCUUACACUCCAACGCGGUUGCCACCGAGACGGCCGUGCUCCCGGCCCUGCUCUCCCUCUUCCUCGCGACGAUUGAUGUCAGCGUCGCAUCGGGCACGUCGGGGGAAGAAAGGCUAGUCACCGAGUUCGCUACGCAGGUGAUGGAGCUCCGCGAGUGGGUUGGGGAAGUAUUUGAUCGCGUUCCUGCUACGAAGGGCGGGGAGGAAGAGCAGGUGAGGAUGGUUGCCGCGGGAGUGAUGGUCAAGCUUGGAGAAGUGCUAGAGAGGUAUCAGGGAAGGUUGAUGGGUGUGAAUGUUGGGUUUGAGUAUUAG